AGGCCAGAGGCUCGGCCGGCACUAACGGGUCCGGUGUCCUCAUGGUUGGGCCCAACUUCAAAGUGGGCAAAAAGAUUGGAUCAGGCAACUUCGGCGAACUCAGACUAGGCAAAAACUUAUACAACAACGAACACGUGGCCAUCAAACUGGAGCCGAUGAAGACCAAAGCCCCUCAACUGCAUCUCGAGUAUAGGUUUUACAAACUGUUGGGUAACGUAGACGGAAUCCCCAAAAUCUAUUACUUCGGUCCGUGUGGUAAAUACAAUGCAUUAGUUAUGGAACUAUUGGGUCCCAGUCUUGAAGACAUGUUUGAUCUCUGCGAUCGAAAAUUUUCGACUAAAACUGUAAUACAAACUGCAUUACAAUUGCUAACUCGGAUAGAGUUCGUGCACUCGAAACAUCUCAUAUAUCGCGAUAUAAAACCUGAAAACUUUCUGUUGGGUAGACCUAACUCUAGAAAGUCUAAUGUCUUACAUAUGAUUGACUUCGGGUUAGCCAAGGAGUACAUCGACCCCGAGACUGGUAAACAUAUUCCGUACAGAGAGCACAAGAGUCUCACCGGAACCGCCAGAUAUAUGAGUAUUAACACACAUUUAGGCAAAGAGCAAAGUCGAAGAGACGAUUUGGAAGCCGUGGGCCAUAUGUUCAUGUAUUUCCUGCGGGGAAGCCUUCCCUGGCAGGGCUUGAAAGCCGAUACACUCAAAGAGCGCUAUUCCAAGAUCGGCGACACAAAGAGGGCCACACCUAUCGAUGUGUUGUGUGAGGGCUAUCCCGAAGAGUUCGCUACUUAUUUGCGAUACGUUCGGAGACUUGACUUCUUUGAGACUCCAGACUAUGAAUACCUCAAGAAGUUAUUCAUAGAUUUGUUCGAAAGGGAAGGCCAUCAACACGACGGCGAAUACGACUGGACUGGAAGGCAGCAGUCACAACCGCAUCAGAUGACAGAUCCGCCUCCCAUUCCACGCGACCGACACCCGACCUCUAAUAUUAAGUUAACGGAUCGAAAUAAGAACGCGUGGAUGGAUAGACAGGAGGACAGGGGCAUUAUGGGCGCCAGCGGUGCGGCUAAGCUAUUGGGAGGCAGUCUCACUGCCGCUGACAGACACGGAUCAGUACAAGUGGUGAGCUCUACAAACGGCGACCUCACCGCUGAUGACCCGACCACUGGUCACUCGAAUACACCGAUCACAGGACCCGUUGAAGUGGAAGUGGUAUCAGAAACAAAAUGCUGUUGCUUUUAUAAGAAGAAGAAGAAAAAGCCUUCGCGUCAGAAGUGAUUUGAGUCCAACAGAUGUCUAAUUAAAUUCAAAUGAAUGUUUGAAAUUAAGCCUAACUUUUUGGUUCGCGUUAUUCAUUAAGUUUUACACUAAAACCCAAUUUUGGAUUCGAUUUGACGGCUGUUUUGGGACUCAGUUUUAGGACAAUGAGAGUGAACUUGACCUCCAAGUGCUCAUAAUGUGUGCUAACGUAUAGACAGUUUGUUAUUAAAUUCAAUGGAUAAAUCGAUUCAUUCUGUGAUCUUUGAUUAUCAUUA